ACAUUUGUCAUUCAAUCACAGGAGGCAAAGGAGAAUCGUUCUGAAAAUUGGCCAUCGGUGACCUUUGCAGAGACUCUUCAGUGGAGUGAGAACAUGAGAAAGUCAGAGUGGUGAGAGCGCUCUAAAGCAGGCUGCGGGGCUGGGCGUGAAAGGCUGCACUCACGGGCCUGGCAUGGGAACAGAAACCCUUUUGGAGAAAUAACAGCCACUUAAACUCCUCCCCCAGCUCCCUGCCUAUCACAUCUUGCAAAAGAUGUUGAUGGAAAGAAAAAAAAAAGAAAGGAAAUAAAGGAAAGAAAAGAAAAGCCCCAACAAAAACCAAUCAUCAGAGGAAGGGCAAUUCCACGGUGACUUGAAAGAGGUCGACAGUCACUAACUGGAAAUUCUCUGACUUCUGAAGAAAGAACCCAGCUCCCACUCCCAUGACAGUGCCACAAAGCUGAGGUCCUGCUGACCCAGGUUCCUUCUUGUCUUGCUAUUGGCUGACACUGGUCAUAAACUGGCUGUUUCACUUUUGUUUUAAAUAAACAAACUUGCAUUCUACCGGGGAGAAGCCAGGAGUCAGAGCAGAGUCAAACGCCAGGGCAGCGGAAGGCAGAGGCACAGUUGUCAUGGGGAAGAAUGUGUCUCUUUGGCUAAAGAGAAGACUGGGAACUUCUUGAGUUGGGAGGAUAAAAGAUGAAGAAGAUGAUCUGUUAGUGGCCACUUGUAGCAAGGUUUGAGCGCCAAAGGACAUAUGAUGGCAUUUUAAUCAGAUUUGGGACCUGAAUUUUGGAAAGGAAGGAUGAAGAAUGUUGUCCAAGAGAGAAGCUGUCAACCAUGUGUUUGCCUGAUGCCUGCCAAGAUCAGAAGAAGGUGUCAGAGAAACUUGCUUCUCUCCGUGUGAGGCUGAGUACAGCAAAUGUUUGAUCAGUAAUCAGGAAGAAAAGUGGAAUUGUAUGAAGUAACCUUUCGAGUUUAUCUCUUUUUAAACUAAUAUAAAGAGAAAACUUUAUAUUAGUCCUUGCCUCUGUCCAACUUCAUAUCAGAAAUGGAAGUAACUGAGACCCUCGGCAGUUAUAGUAACAGGAACUGUACAAUAGGUAGCUUCAAGAAGGAAUUUUACCCCAUCAUAUACCUGGUAAUAUUUGUCUGGGGAGCCUUGGGAAAUGGCUUUUCCAUAUAUGUCUUCCUACAGACUUACAAGAAGUCCACAUCUGUGAAUGUUUUCAUGCUCAACCUUGCCAUUUCAGAUUUCCUAUUCAUAAGCACCCUGCCCUUCAGGGCUGACUAUUAUUUCAGAGGUUCCGAUUGGAUAUUUGGGGACCUGGUCUGCAGAAUUAUGUCUUAUUCCUUGUACGUCAACAUGUACACUAGCAUUUAUUUCCUAACUGUGCUGAGUGUUGUGCGUUUCCUGGCCACUGCCCGCCCCUUCCAGAUGCUCCGUGGUACCAGCAUCAGGAGCGCCUGGGUCCUCUGUGGGAUCAUAUGGGUCUUCAUCAUGGCUUCCGCAGCACCGCUUCUGGUAAAUGGCCAAGAGAAGAACAAUACCACUAUGUUGUGCCUGGAGCUGAAUUCCCAAACACUGAAAAAACUCGUGAUCAUGAACCACAUUUCAUUAGCGGUAGGCUUCUUGCUUCCGUUUUUCACACUCACCAUCUGCUACCUGCUGAUCAUCCGGGUCUUGUUAAAGGUGGAGAUUCCAGAAUCAGGUCCACGGGCUGCUCAUAGGAAGGCGCUGACCACCAUUGUCAUUGCUAUGAUCAUCUUCCUGCUCUGUUUUCUGCCGUACCAUGCACUGCGGACCCUCCACUUGGUCACGUGGAAUAAAGAAUCAUGUGGGGAUGUGUUACAUAAGGCCACGGUCGUCACACUGACCUUGGCUGCAGCCAAUAGUUGCUUCAAUCCUUUUCUCUAUUAUUUUGCCGGAGAGAAUUUCAAAGCUCGAUUAAGAGCUAUAUUCUGGAAAGAUCAUCUAUAGAAAGCAAAGUCAAAGUGCUAUUUGUGUGUAGCUGAAGAAGAGGAUUAAGCGUAUAGGUCGUGAACACUGGUGUCUACCCUCAUUCACUCAGGGUCUCCAAAUUACUUUAUACUUGCAUCAUAACCAACAAAUCUUGGUUGCUGACAUUUAAUUGACCACAGCAUUUGUUAAUAAAGCCUAUUUCAGAAAUUUCAUUAGAUGUAUUUUUAGUGGUUGGAACGAAAUGAGAAAUGUAGAAAAAAAAUUUCUACUGGAAUCUUGCAUGCUGAAAUGUGACAUUGGGAAACCUUGUCAAACAUACUAGGCCAUGUUUUGCAUCGGAUCCUAUGCCAGCUCUCUGGCCCAGACAUUCUAAAUUCCUAACUUGAAGACAUCCUUCAGAGUUAUACCUCCUCCAAAUCCUCGUCAUAUUUAAGCCUUUGAGACACAGUCAAUCCUACUGGGGGGCCUCUAUGCAUCUAGGGUAUCAUUCCCAAGGACUCUGGAGCAGGCUUUGAUUUGAAGAAGAAAACAGUCCUCUAAUAAUGCAAGUCACGGUUCAGACAAGGUUGACAAGAUUUCGAAAAAGGAGAGUGAAUGUUAAGUAGAGGUAAAGAUUAUAAGCAAGUUAACGACCACACAAUUUUCAAUGGAAAAACUCCUUAAUAUUCAAGGCACCAACAAUUAAGAUCGCAGAGGGAAACAUCUUCAUUAGGAAAGGUCUCAACAUUUUUAUUUUACUUGCAUCAGAAAGCACUUGGAUAUUGCUCACAACAAACAAACAAGCAAACAAAUACAAGCAGACAGGCGACCAAGACAAUGAUAGCACAAUGAAGUCAUUAGUGUGCUACAGAAGAAAAGUGUUAGCCAAGGGCUCAAGUAAUAACUGGAGUCCACUACACAGUUCAAUAUUUACACAGAGACUGACACAUAGAAACACUACAAUGGAUUCUCAGGGAAUGAGUGGGGAGGGUACAUGUAGGAGGAGAGCAUAGGAAGCUUGGAUUUCCAUCUUCCACCAGAGAGAGUUCAUGUUAACCAAAGUUAGGGAGAAAUAAACAGCUACACGGCAUGCCAUUUAGUGAGAGGGAGUGAAGGAGAGAGAGAGAGUAGGGGGUGCAAAAAGACCUGGAGGAGACUGCCUCUCGACAGGGAGUUGAGGGUAGGAUAUUUGUUAUUGAGAAUUGUCAAAUUGAGUGAUUUGUGAAUGUGUACUGCUGAAAUAAAACGAAAUUAAAUAGAAAACUUUAAA